AGGAUGGUGGUGGAGACGGCCUGCAGUUUGCUGCUCUGCGCCGAUAUGGACAACCUGGCAUUCUCCAUGGAGACCCACGACCUGUGGGCGCGGUUGCUGGGCGCUUCCAUGUGGCAAAACGGCCUACACUCCCUUGCCAAGGUGAUGCUGAAGAACUGCCGGGAUCAGUGCAGACCCAUCUUCAGACACCUGCAGAAUCUGCUGCAGUACCACCAGCUGCAGUGGAGGGAGGUCCCCGCCAUGGCGUUCUACCUCGAGCUGUGGAGCUGCCAGGGGCACCACAAGGAUGACACCGGCACCCAAAAGAUCUUCAGGAAAUACAUCCGCAGCAAACAGCCCAGGAGCAGAGAGCUGGCGCUGCGCGGGCUGAGGAACCUUUACGCUGGGAGGAUGCAGCUGCUGCUACCUGACGCGCUGCUGUGGCUGCAGGACAUGCGGGCUGACAUCAAACUGCAGGCCAUACAUCUGCUGCAGGACAUUGUGGCACAGCGCCCCGCCAGCAUCCGAGGUGUGCUCAGCCAGCUGGCCGUGCAGCUGCUGUCCUGCUUCAAUGAGGACAACGCAGAGGUGCGCUGGCGCUCCAUGGAGCUCUUUGCGCUGCUGCUGGAGGCGCCAGGCAGGAAGCGGCUGCUGCUGCAGGCGGAGAGGAGUCUGCUGCCACUCUUCAUCCACAUGAAUGAGGACAUCCCCAACGUGGCGCAGGUGGGGGCAGCUUGUGGGGUCACGGGGUCGCGAGGUUAUCCGGUGUGACCAGCAACUACUCCCUGCCCUGUGCCCACGUGUACAGUCCUCCUAGAUACCAGAUCCCCACCUCAUAUCCACCCAUACAGUCCUCCCAGUUCCCCCCUCCACUACACCCACCCAUACAGUCAUUAAGGUUAGGAAAACCCUCCCACAUCCCCCACCCCGUUUCCCCAGACCCUGUGGGACGGGACCGGCUGUGGUGCCGACCCAGGUUUGGGAUGGGGGUUCCCCCAGGAUCUCCCACCAACACCCCCCCGUGUCACUGCUC